AUGCCAAUUGCAGAAGACCGUGUUGAACAGUUACAAAUGCACAAAUUAAUCUAUGCCGUACGGACAGAUGAUAUUUUGUUAGUGCAUAAAUUAUCUGAAAAAGGUGUUAAAAACCUUGUAAAUUAUAAUGAUCCACAAAAUGGAUUAACUGCAUUGAUAGCGGCUGUAACAGAAAAUAAUACAAACAUGAUAAAAUGUUUAUUACAACUUGAUGCUCAUCCUGAUGUUAUUGAUUUUUCUGGUCGUACGGCACUUAUGCAUGCUGCUGAAUAUGGUUAUGUUACUGUUUUACAAUUAUUACGUGAAGCAGAUGCUGAUGCAAGAAUUCAAGAUUUUGAAGGAAACGCGACAGAACAUCAUAAAACAUGUUUAAAAAUAUUACUUGAAAUGGGUGCUAAUGUUAAUAAUCGAACACAAAAUAGUGUACCAAAUUUGGUACAUAUAUGUAAUGAUUCUGUAGAAUACGAAGAUUUUUGUAUGGCUCUUAUUCUAGCUGGAGCUGAUGUACAACUUAUUGAUGAAAAAACGAAACGGACAGCAUUACAUAAUGCUUGUUUAUCUGGAAGUACUAAAAUUGUACGAGAACUUUUACGUAUGCAAGCAGAUCCCAAUGCAUUAGAUGAUAAAAAAUCAACACCUGCACAUGAAGCAGCUAAAGGUGGACAUUUUCAGGUGAUUCGAAUUCUAUCGGGUUUCGGUGCAAAAUUUGAUGUAUAUGAUACUCUUGGUAACAAUCCAAUUCAUUAUGCUGUAAUGUCUAAUGCUGGUACUGCUAUUCGAUAUCUUGGUCAACGAGGUUGUAAUCCGAAGAAGCCGAAUCUCGAAGGACUUAUUCCAAAACAAAUUGCACAUGAAUAUGGAAAUAAAGAUGUGCAAAGAAGUUUGCGAAAAGCUGAAAGAGGCUAUCAUGAAAUGACAGCUAAUUUACCUGCAGAUGAAUUUCUUGAUUGGAGAAUAAUACUUUACGAUUAUAUUUAUGAAAAUUAUGAACGUAUUGAAAAACUUUUCCAAGAAUUUGAUAUGGCUGAACCGAAAAAUGGUAUCAUAUUAAAAGAUAAUUUUAAAAAAGUUCUCAACAAUGAAAAUUUUCUUUCGUUUCUUAAACCAUAUAAUAUCAAAGAUUUAUAUGAAAAACAUGAUAAAAGUCGAGAAGAACUUGAUUAUAGAGCAUUUUUAACUGGAACAAAAUAUUUAGCAAAACCAUAUUUAAUGACUGCAUACACAAGAAAAAAGAAGAAGAAAAAAGUUUAG